GAAGAGAGCGGAGAGGGAACACAGGAGGGGUUUCCAGCACUGCCAAGGUUGGGAGGGGAUGUGCGGUGUCAUUCAUUGUGUAGUUUUCACUCACUGGGGGCAAAAUUUGAGGAGGUGCCAGCCCUCCUGUUGGCGCUAUUAAUACACCUCCUGCAUGUGCUCACAUUCAAGGUUGAUAGAGAGUGCAUAAACCGGUCUGAAUACAGGAAGUUACAUCACAAAACGGCAGAGAGGUUGCCCUCUUCUGGACUUGGAUGGGUACUAUGUGUGUGUGUGUGUGCAUGUGUGUGUGAAUAGAAGGCCGACAGGCUCCCUCACAGCUCCUCUCCACCCAUGAAGGGCAGACACACACACACACAUGCACUGACACACAGUUUGUGUAAUGUGGUUUGCAGCAAGGACAGGGGAGUCUCCUGCUCUGGAGGAAAGUCUGGGAUACUCAGGACUCUGUUUUCAGCAGGAUGAAGAGCAGGGGAGCCUGGAGAAGAUGACAUCUCUCUCUAAACACUGGCUGGAUUUCCACAUAUUCAGCAUCAUUCCAGAGUUCAUCUGAUGAGAUUUAGCUCCAGUCCUCUCUUCUGUAAGGCCACCUGCACAGUUGUAUUACUGCCUUGUGUACAGAGGCAUCAUGGGAAACGUGGUCCAGUGCUGUCAAACACUGUCAGACUACUUUAAGUGUAAGGAUGCACCGGUCCGCAGUGAGGCUGAAAGAUCUCCUCUGCUAUCCAGCGAAGGGAGUGAAUGCGACUCCUCGACCCUGCCAGACAACCCGGAGGACGAUAUGUUAACCGUCUCCACCGGUGUGACAAACCCCGCCCUCGAACCAGAACACUUCCUGUUCCCUGACAUCAUCCUAAGCAGCAACCUCGGAGGGGACGUGGCUCUGGUGGAGCCGAUGGUGUGUCUGCUGGUGUCUGAAGAGGAGGAAGGAGGUGGUGGCGAGGGAGUGAGGGUGGGUGAAGGACAAGAGAGGAGCAACAGAGGGAGAAACAGGGGCUACUCUGAGGUUGAGACGCAAACCGAAGUGGAGACGCAGAUUGGAAUGGGGGUACAGACGCAGACAGAGUCCCAGGCAGAAGUUCAGACGCAAACAGAAAUGCUGGUGUGCAGAAAUGAGACUGUGGAGAAAGAAGUAAACACACUAAUAAAUACUGGCGUUGCAAAAGAGAUGGUUGUGGAUAUUUGGGAAGGUGAUGGAAUACUGAAACAGGUGGAUGUGCUCUUGGAGGCAACAACAUCACAUGAGAUACACUCAGAUAAUCAAAUCACCACCAAAGUUUCUGAAGAAGUAGAAGUUUUUGAAGAGCUGGAGGUUCCAGGAAAGGUGGAAAUACAGACAGAGAGAAACACAUUGGUGUAUACUGGAGUAACAGAGGAGGGAAACGCUGAUGAAAAGCAGAAAACAACACAAGAGAAUGUCUUUAGGUUGCAGCAGAAUACUGUUGCAGCCCAGGAAAAUACAGACUUUGCCUACACUGAGCGCUGCAAUUUGCAGGCACAGGUCAAGGAAAAAGAACAAAACAUUGAAUCAGAGCAUGACUCAGUGAUGCUGACUGAACACAAUGUAAACAACAUGGAUGAGAACAUUGCUGCAGCGGAGAAAAACACCAUUGUGGACAAUCUUGGCCCUGCUGUAGACCUGAAACAACAGAGCAUUCAGACUAAUGAACAGAUGGGACAAGAGACUGUGGUGACCAAUCAGAAUGUAAAUAAAAAGGACAAUAUCCACAAAAAAACAAAAUUGAAUCUGUCAGCAGAUCAGUCCGUUGACAGUCCAGAUCAGAUUCAGUGUGAGGAAAACUUGCACCCAGCAAAGAGGGAAGAGGACCAUGACACGCCUGCCCUGCAGCAUGUUUUGGAGCUGGACAAAGCUCUGCCACAGGUGGAAGAGGAAGGGCCUGAGAUGAAGAAUGUGACAUUGUUUUUAGUUGACAGGCUGUUUCUGGCAGCACCACAUGUCAAAGCAGUGCCUCCAAGUCAAACUGAAGAAAGCCCUGAGAACGAUGGCCCGGAGCAGUCUGAUGUUGAUAAAAGGGAGCAACUUAGCAUCCGUGACAUAGUUGAUCUCCAAGAAACGGGCUUCCCUGUCAGAAUCCAACCUCCUGGAACAGAAAGUUUCGAGCUUCAGGUAUCAGGCCAGAUGUUGGUGGCGGAGCUGCAGCAGGUGCUGAUGGAUCAUGAGCUAACCUGCCACCGCACAUGCUUCUCCCUCCAGCUGGGAGGCGCCGUGCUUGACAGCCUCACGGAGUUACGCUCCAUCCAGGGCAUCCAGGAUGGAGGGCUGAUCAAGGUGGUGGAGGAUUCUUACUCUGUGCGUGAUGCUCGUCUUCAUCUCAGACAUGUCCGUGAUCUUCUGAGGAGUCUUGACCCCACAGAUGCGUACAAUGGAAUGAACGGCAGCUCUCUGUCUUACCUCACCUUCUACACCCGAGGAGAAAAGGAUAGUGAAAGUGUGACGAAGAGGCGAGCUUCUGAAAAGGAGUCUCUUGACUGCAGCCCUCCAGAAUACGUCCUCCCUGGAUGCAAGGAACGACUGCUUACUCCGCUGCAGCCAGUCAGAGGUGACUGGAAGCCGUUACAGUGCCUGCGGGUCCUGACCAUGAGCAGCUGGAACCCUCCUCCAGGAAACAGGAAGAUGCAUGGGGACUUAAUGUACCUCAAUGUCCUGACUAUGGAAGACAGAGAACUCAACAUUACAUCCUCCACACGUGGUUUCUACCUCAACCAGUCAACUAGCUUCAACUUCAAUCCUAAACCUGCAGUUCCCAAAAUCCUUUGCCACUCUCUAGUUGAGCUGUUAAGUCAGGUCAGCCCUGCCUUCAGGAAAAACUUCAACGCCCUGCAGAAGAAGAGAGUCCAGCAGCAUCCUUAUGAGCGGAUUGCAGCACCUUUCCAGGUGUUCACCUGGAUCGCCCCUCAUGGAGACCACACCCUCGACUGUGUCAGAGCGGAGGAGACACACACCAGUCGCAUGGGCCAGGACGAGCAAACAGCCGGGCAGAGUCGGGAGUGGAAUGAGGAGCUGCAGGGAUGCAGGGAACUCCCCAGAAACUCUCUUCAAGAGCGUCUGCACAGAGAGAGGAGUGUAUUCAAGACCAACAGUGACUUUGUUGCCGCUGCGACACGAGGUGCUGUAGCAGUUAUCGACGGUAAUGUCAUGCCUUUAAACCCAGGGGAGGCACCUCAUAUGCAGAUGUUCAUCUGGAACAACCUCUUCUUCAGCCUGGGGUUUGACAUUUCUGAGCACUACCGCCCACUAGGGGGCAACACCGCAGCUCAUGCUGCUGCCAUCUGUGACCUCAGAGGAGCUCAGGCAUACACAUCUGUGGACAUAGAGGGGCUCCACACACUUGGGACAGCUGUGGUGGAUUAUCGUGGUAUCCGUGUCAUCGCUCAGACGAUCGUUCCAGGGAUACUCGAGAAAAAUCAGGAGCAGAGUGUCGUCUACGGCUCUAAUGACUAUGGAAAAACUGUUUUUACACACCCCAGGUUUCUGGAGCUUCUUGAUAAAACCAGUAAACCACUGAGAAUCCAGCGUCACCAGGUGCUCGACCACAACAACAGCUCAGUGGAGCUUUGCUCUGGCAUCGAGACCAAAGGCAUCCUGGGUAAUGACGGACGAGCCUACAUCUUGGACCUUCUCAGGACCUUCCCCCCAGACCUUAACUUCCAGUUCUCAGAAACAGAGGAGAUGAGAGAGGAAGUGCCGAAGGAAUGUCAGAGCUUUGGUUACCCGCGGCGACACCAUCACAGCCUGGCCAGCCUGAGACCGGAGCUGGUGGAGGCCUUCGUCCAACACAGGUAUGAAGUUUAUGUCAAGAUGGUGUCGCAUGGGCUCAGCCAGCUGGAGGAACGUCCUGAGGGGCGGCAGACAGAGAGAGAUCCAGCAGAGAUGAUUCAGGAUGAAGUCAACAAGCCGAGAAUUGGAGAUACAGCUGCAGAUGGAGCUGACAUGGAAUUUCACAGCAGAAAUGUGAUCAUGAAAGCUUGUGAGGCUGUCGGAUCAGUGAGUGACUCUUGCUUUGACAUCCGCUUCAAUCCUGAUGUUUGCUCUCCAGGUGUUUGUUUCCCCUCUGAGAAUGCUGAGGACGUUCAGAGGCAGAGACGGUUGUUAUGGGACACGACUGCUUUUCUGCUCUCUAAUCAGAUUUCAGCUGUGCUGAGGGACUGUCUCGACCACAUGGCGGUGCCGAUGGAUGGUGAGACCUUGACCUCAGUGCUACACCAGCGGGGUGUGAACGUGCGUUACCUGGGCAGCCUGCUGAUGGAGCUGGACAGGGUGGAGGAAGGAGGGAGACUCAGACACAUACAGAGAAUUUCUAUGAGUGAAGUCAUCAUCAGAAGUGCAAAACACAUCUUCAGGACCUAUCUACAGGAUGUGGAACCUGCAGCUUUCUCUGCUGCUGUCAGCCACUUCCUAAACUGCCUCCUGAGCUCCACCUCCUGUUUCCCCGACUCCUGCUCAGACGAGCUGCUCACUCGUCGCAGGAGCCGACGUCGACGUAGCCACGGGAGUCGAGUUUCCAUGUUGACAGACACUGUGUGGGCUAAACUGACCGCCAGCGAGCUGUGGGGCAGGAUCAGGACUGAGGCUGAAAAUUAUUAUCACUACACAAUUGACAGUGAAAGUAUGGAUGAGGUUAUAGGGAAAUAUGGCCUUCAGAGGAUCUCCUUACUGAGAGAGAUGGCAAUCAAGACUGGCAUCCAGGUGCAGUUGAGGGAAUAUGCAUUUGAGUCUCGACACAGGCCAGCGUUUGGUGAGGAAGACGUCGUUAACAUGUUUCCUGUGGUCAAACAUCUCAAACCUACAGCAACAGAUGCCACACGGCUUGUGCAAAAUGCUCAGGUGGCGGUACAGCAGGGCCUCCUCAAAGAGGGCUAUGAACUGAUUAGCCAGGCCCUGACUCUGUUCAGCAGCGUGUGUGGGGUCCUGCAUGAGGAUGUGUGCAUGUGCCUGCGUCUCCUGGGACGGCUCAGCUACAUCUUGGGGGAAUAUGCAGACGCCCUCAGCCACCAGGAAAAGGCUGUCAUGAGUAGUGAGAGAGUACAAGGUAUAGACCACCCACAGACCAUACAAGACUACACUUUCCUGGCCCUGUACUGCUUUGCUGGAGGUCGGCAAUCAACCUCCCUGCAGCUGCUGUAUCGUGCUCGUUACCUCGCCCUGCUUGUGAGCGGAGAAGAUCAUCCACAGGUCGCUCUGCUGGAUAGUAUGCUGGGUCUAGUGCUUCAUGGACUGAUGGAGUAUGAGCUUUCCCUGAAGUUCCUACAGAAUGCCUUCAUUUUAACCUCAAAAUACCACGGCGCCACAUCCCUGAAGCAUGCGCAUAGUCAUCAUCUGCUCGCCACGGUGUACGAGAGCAAAGGAGAGUUUCGAUCAGCUCUGCAACACGAGAAAGAGGCUUAUUCAAUAUAUAAGAGCCAGGUUGGUGAGAACCAUGACAGUACGAAGGAAAGCUCAGAGUACCUGAAGAGCCUCACUCAGCAGGCUGUGAUCCUUCAGAAAGCCAUCAACCAAAUCUACAGUAACACACCCAGUGCCUGUAUUCCGCCUCCAAAGUUUUCCAUACCAAGCCUUCCUAAAAUCCUUCAGCAGCUCAACCUGACCUGUGGAAUAAUCCUCAUUCCUCUCAGUGCAAAAGAAAUCGCAGACCUGAGGACUCAGCUGAAAGGGAAGGAAAAGUUUCAAGUGGAAGAGCUGGAAAAUCAGUUAUUGAAGCAUAAAGACGUAAUAACGUCAGACAACAGACAACAACACUGAACUAUGGACUUGGAGGCACAGUUACAAUAGAACAUCUGUGUAUUCAGUCAAACCUCUGAAAAUGACUGCAGAGAACGAAGAGAACGACGAGAACAACUCUGAGCAAACUGGGACUCCAGUUAACCUACUUUGGAUAACAGCUAUAUAGUAACAGACAGGUGUAGUUGCCUACUUUUGGAAGAGGAGUUUGUUCUGUUGUUGACUAUGAAGGACUGGAUGUUGAAGAGAUCCUCAGCCUUUUUUCUAGUCUACAUUAUCUAAUGCAGACCUAUCUGCUGUCAUGAAACAGCUCUUGUUAAAAUAUGUGGGAUCCAGGACUUGAAUGAACUCUGCAGGCUGUAGCUUUGCUGGGAAACGUGUAUGACUCUCCUCCUUUUGUCAGAAAAAUGCAUAAAAAAUAAAAUCAAAGAUGAUACUGCUAGAUGAAC